UACGGAAGUGCUGCUCUGCCAAAUGAAAUAUAUUACUUAUUUAUAUAUUUAUACUAGCAAGGUGUAACUGUUGAAGUGUCUGAGCCUAUCUCAGCAUCUUUACAGCCUUAGAUUUGGAGCUAGCAUCCAGUAAUCAAAGAAAUCCCCUAUUUAAUGUACUCAGUAUUUGAAUGACCGGUAAUCAUAUAUUACAUUUAUAAAUAUAUAAUAUACAAUUCUACGUUUUUCUGAUAUAAUAAUAUGCAAUUAUAUUUAUUAUUUUAUUUUAUAAUGCUGUUUUUAUGACAUUAUAGUGACAUUAUGUGAGCGAUGAUGAAAUGGGGGUGUUUGAUAAAUUUAGCACAGUGAGCAGAAAAUUACAGAAAAUGUUUCCUAACUUACUUCCUCUUUCUCAGCUUUAUAAACCCACACUCGACUCCGUUCACUCAGACUUUCUCUCUUGCAUCCUCACUGGUCCUCAAAGAUCAAAACAACCAUCACGAUGAUGAACAAGCCACUGCUCCUGCUGGUCGCGCUGACUUUCUGCUGUUGCAUCGCGUCUCUGCAUGGUUUUACUUUAAAUACCUGCCGCUGUAGAAAGACGACCAUGAGACCUGUUUUUGCUAAGAUGGUUAAGAAGAUUGAGGUGACUCCUGUUUCAGGACACUGCCCCCGAACUGAAAUCAUGAUCACUCUGAGGUCUGGUGUUAAGAUUUGUGUCAAUCCAGAGGCCAAGUGGUUUCCGAACCUUCUCAACACUCUGCAAAAGAAGAACGCCGUCUCAACCCCUGAGUCACGCACUGCUUCAACACCUAGCUUCUGAUCACACGGCAGAUCGAUUCCUCCCUUCAUCAAUCUGAAUUACCUGCAGCAAGCCUGUUGUAUUCAGCCCGAAUACAGUUUCAUUUUCUCUAGUGUUAUCCUUUGAUGACAAAGGUGUAAUUCUUAGAAAAACACAUAAUCUAAAUGUGAUUUUUUUUUAUGCUUGAAAUUCUGAUAGAACACUAUUAAACUGCGGCACCUUACCAUUGUAAGAAUGUACUGAAGAAGAAAAAAGGACUGCAGUAUUGUUGCACACUUUUCACUUUUUUAAUAGUUUGUAUCUGUUAGUGUUGCAUUACAUGUGUAUCAGUACUGUUUUUAUUGAAAAACUGAUUUCUCUAAUACUAUGACUUCAAUGUGUGUUGUAUCCCUGAAUUUUGACUUUAACAAACCCAACUUAAUUUAUGUAGUUUUCUCAAACAGACAUCAAACACAUUACAUCAAUAUAUUUUUACCACUACAAAAAAUAAACUCAAAUAUGAAUAUAAGAACUUACACGACUUUUGUUUAAAUAGAAA